AUGGCUUCCCCUGCUGAUGCUACUGCGCCCAAUCCUUUUCUCUCUCUCUUCUUGAUCAUCACUCUUCUGUUUCCCUCUAAAUCCAUGGAUCUCUGCAUCGAGAAGGAGAGGGAGGUCCUCCUCAGCGUGAGAGCUGGCGUCCCCGAUGCCGAUAAGCAGCUGCCUCCAUGGAGUGGCCAUGAUUGCUGCAGCUGGGAAGGUGUCGGCUGCAACAACAUCACAGGUCACGUCGUAACACUUGACCUCUCUGUUUGUCCUGUAAUUGGACCCAGAGCUCCUGCCAAACUACACUCUUCAUUAUUUGAUCUGAAGCAUUUACAUGAGUUGGACUUAAGUUGCAACAACUUCUAUGGAGCUCCACUUCCUGAGUUGAUUGGAUCUUUGACUAUGUUGAAAUACUUGCAUCUCUAUUCUACUGCAUUUAGUGGAAAAAUUCCCCACCAGCUAGGCAAUCUCUCCAAUCUUCUUUCCUUGGAUCUAAGUCAUAACUAUAUCAGCGAAGAGAUACCGGAAAGUAUUGGAAACCUUAAAAACUUGCAAUUUCUGUACAUGUCUAAUAACAAAAUUAUUGGAGCCAUACCUGGUGCCUUGGGCAGUCUCUGCAACCUGAGUAGAAUCACUCUAUCUCAUAACAGAAUAGCAGGGGAGCUUGUUGAUUUUUUUGAACUAUCUAGAUGCAAAAGCAGAUUAACUUACAUCGACCUUUGUUCCAAUCAAUUGAAUGGCUCAGUUCCAACAUCAUUGGGAAAAACAAAGCUCAAUGGCCUUCAUUUGGAGAACAUCAUCUUUAAAAUCUUUAACGAGGAUAACAUUAUCUUAAUUGCCAAGAAUUUAACACUUCAUUUCACUUCGCUUGCUCUUGUCACUAGCAUUGAUCUCUCUAAUAACAAUCUCUCCGGCCCAAUUCCUAGAGAGUUGACAAAUCUCCGUGGCCUUCACUUCCUCAACCUGUCCUCGAAUCAUUUCUCAGGAAAUAUACCAGAAAACAUCGGGUUCAUGAAUCAACUAGAAUCGCUUGAUCUUUCGAAGAACCAGUUGUCAGGACGAAUUCCUUCCAACAUCUCUGCUUUAAAUUUUCUCAGCGUCUUAAAUUUAUCUUAUAACAAUCUUGUUGGAGAAGUACCAACAGGCUCUCAGCUUCGAACCUUUACUAACUGGUCCUACAUUGGCAACCCUAAGCUUUGUGGGGAGCCACUGCAGAACAAGUGCCUUGGCGACAACUCGACCAUUGAUAACGGAGUAACAAAAGAAGAGGACAGGCAUGAAGACGAUGAGUAUGAAAGAAUAUGGUAUUUGAUUGGAUUUGCUCUUGGAUUUGUGUUUGGCUUCUGGGGUUUCAUGGCUACAGUUAUGAUUAAGAAGAGCACAAGGAUUAAAUACAUUUUACUCAUCGAUAGAAUUUGUGUCUGCUUUGCAUGA